AUGUCGGCCGGCGUCAAAAUUCUGAUUUUUCUGGCCGUUUUUGCCGUCGCCGCUGCCAGGCUACAUUCAAUCACUUGUGGGUUUCUUUUAAAAGAGCUUCAUUAAAAUUAAGUUUACAGUCAGUUUUGACGAUGAACCAAGCCCCAUCAAGACCAAACCGUACGAUCAAGCCUACAAUGAUAGUUAGUUUUUGGAAGGUUUCAAAAAAAUCCCGUUUUUGCACAGAGAAACGCGCGGAGAACCUGAAAAAGCUGAAAGACGCCGGCGUGUCUCAGCCAUCGAUCGACAAGUUGGACGCCGUGUUCCUGAAAUAUGAGGUCACUUUUUUUGGAGUUUCAAACCCUUCCGUGGAAUUUUGUAGGAGAUCUACAAGAAGGAGCCGAACUUGUCCCAGGAGGAGUUCGAAAAGAAGUACAGCGUGGAUUAUUACAAAGACUUCUCCGCCGUCACCGACACGUUGCCGGAGGAGGACAAGGUCAAUUUUUUUCAAUUUUUUGUUAUUUCAAUGCUUGGGACAAAAGUAUCCGUUGCUUGCGACAAAAUUAUCGUAGCUUGGGACAAAAUAACAAAUGCUUGGGACAAAAUAAAAGUUGCUUGGGACAAAACUACCGUAGCUUGUGACAAAGUUAUCGUAAUUGGGACAUAAUCGCCGUGGCUUGAUGCAAAAUAAUCCAGCCUGGGACAAAAUUAUCGUAGCUUGGGGCAAAGCCAACGAAGCUUGGUACAAAAUCUCCGGGGCUUGAUGCAAAAUAAUCCAGCCUGAGACAAAAUUAUCGUAGUAGGAUAAAUCACCGUAGCUUGGGACAAAGUCAACAAAGCUUGGGACAAAAUCUCCGAAGUUUGAGACGUAAUUACCGAAGCUUGGGACAAAAUUAUCGUAGCUUGAGGCAAAGUCAACGAAGCUUGGGAAAAAAUAACCGUGGUUUGUGAAAAAAUGACCGAAGCUAGGGACAAAGUCAACGAAGCUUGGUACAAAAUCGCCGUGGCUUGAUGCAAAAUAAUCCAGCCUGGGACAAAAUUAUCGUAGUAGGAUAAAUCACCGUAGCUUGAGACAAAGUGAACAAAGCUUAGGGCACAACCACCGUAGCUUGACACGUAAUUAACGAAGAUUCCGACAAAAUUACCGUAGCUUGGGACAAAACCAUCGUAGCUUGGGACACAGAUACUGUAGCUUGGGACACAACAACCGUGGCUUGGGAAAAAAUUACCGGAGCUUGGGACAAAAUUACAGUAGUUUGGGCAAAUUAACCCUAGCUUAAGACUAAAUUACAGUAGCUUGGGACUAAACCGCCGUAGCUUGGGACAAAGUUACCGUCGCUUAAGACAAAAUCCUCUUAGCUUUAGAUAAAUUUAUCGUAGCUUGGACAAAAUUACCGUAGCUUGGGACAAAAUUACCGUGGCUUGGGACAAAAUCGCCUCAGGUUCAGGUAUUUCCGAAUUUUGCUCAACUUGUGAAAAUUGAAUGCUUCCUCAAGGCAACGAUGAAUGAACCGGUUAAAUUUUUUGGCCCCCGACCUGAAACGACUUGAGCCCUGACUCGUAAUUAGGCAUGGGUCCAGUCAACCUGAUCAAUCAAAGGAUCUUCAAAUAAAAAAUGGAUAAUUUCAGAAGAAAGUCGAGGGCAUCUUCUUCCCGAAAACCGGAGGCCGCAGGCACAAGUGGAUCCCUUCAAGCUAUUGA